CCGCUCUCACUAGACGGCACCGUCGGGUCCGCAGUAGCAGAGGAACCGGCCUGUCCCGGUUCGGAGCACAUGAAAGGGCCCCGCCGGUUCCGCCAUGGCCGCGGCGGAAGGGGCGGGUGGCAGGGGCGGGUCCUGCCCCAGGCCGGGCCCGGCAACCUCGCCAUGGUGAACCUGGGCGUGCGGCGGGUGGAGGACGAUGUGGCCGCCAGGCACCCGGCGCUGCAGCAGUACGCGGCUUGCCAGUCUCACGCCUUCAUGAAGGGCAUCGGCACCUUCUUGGCAGGCAGCGGGGCCGCCUUUGCGGUGCAGAAGAUGGCGCGGCAGAAGCUGCCGUACAGCCUGCAGUGGAGCCUGCUGUUGGCUGCGGGUGCUGCUGGCACUCCCAGGAGCACCUCGGCUGCCCCAGCUGCAGGGUCCCUCGGAAGCUACGUGGUAACCAGAGCUGAGACGCAGAAAUGCUCCAACUUCUGGAUUUAUCUGGAGACAGGCAAGUCCCCACAAGAGUUUGCCGUGACUGGUGGAUUGUCUCAACCCGCAGAAAACCUCCCUAGUGCAGAAGAAAAGGACGGCGCUGCAGCACUGGUGAGGAGGAACAGGUACGGUGACGUGGUGGAGUAGCCAGCAGAGCAUAGCCUGCCGUGCCCAUGUCCCACUUCACCCCUUCCUGUCUGCCCAACCUGACACUGCCCAUGCUGCCUGUGAGGGUGGUGGGCUUGGUGACACUUCUGGAAAGCUCUGAGGACUUGAUCCUGCCAGAGACAGCAUGGUGGAGGCACCUCAGGGAUUGCUGCCUGCCCCAUGGCCUCUGCACAUUGCACUUGGGGUACAAUAAAAGUUGAGAGCUGA